AUGGGUGGGCGUCAGCUUAAUCUGACGACGUCGCUCCUCGCCGUCGUCGUCCUAGCGCUUUUCGCCUCGCCGUGUGCCGCCGCCGCGCAGGGGCCCUACGCCGGCGUCUCGGACGGCCGCGUCCUCAAGUGGGGCGGCAGCACCGUCGGCUGGACAACGUACGCGCACAGUGCGAACUACAGGAAGAUCCCGCUGUGCACCGCGGGCGUGGUGCCGCCGGCGGAGACUGAGAGCAUGUGCGGCGGCCCCCUGGGCCUGCAGUUCCACUUCAAGACCGGCGACCUCUACAUCGCCGACGCCUACCUAGGGCUCAUGAGGGUCGGGCCGGGAGGCGGCGAGGCGGAGGUGCUGGCGAUCGGCUCGGACGACGGUGUCCCGUUCAACUUCGUCAACGGCCUCGACGUCGACCAGGCCACGGGCGACGUGUACUUCACCGACUCGAGCGCGACGUACCCGAGGAGGUUCAACACGGAGAUCAUGAUGAACGCGGACGCGACGGGGCGGCUGCUCAGGUACGACGCGCGCACCGGGGGGCGUCACCGUGCUCAGGUCCGGCCUGCCGUACCCGAACGGCGUGGCGCUCAGCCGCAACGGGGCGCAGGUCGUGGUCGCGCACACCGUGCCGUGCCAGGCGUUCAGGUACUUCCUCCGCGGCGCCCGGGCGGGGCAAUAUGUUUGGAUGCUGCCUCCCAGGCAGCUCAGACGCCAGGCAGCAUCCCCAGGCGUUCGAUUUCGAUCGCCUGGGGCUGCGAUCGCUUGCCUGGCAGGCAAGCCCAGGCGAGGACGGCAUCCAAACACGCCCGGGCCGGAGACCUGCCGGGGUACCCGGACAACGUGAGGCGGGACGGUAAGGGUGGCUACUGGGUGGCGCUGAACCAGGAGAAGCAGCGGCUGGACGCGACGCCGGAGACGGCUCCCGUGAAGCACCUGGUUGGUGUCCGCUUGGACGCUCGUGGGGUGGAGGUCGAGGAGCUUACGGCGGAUAAGGGUGUCACGCUCAGCGACGUGGCGGAGAGGAGGGGGAAGCUGUGGCUGGGCUCCGUGGAGCUCGAGGACGUCGGCCUCGUUGCUUGA